AUGCUUUGUUACGGAGGAGACAUGCGCGCUUUGAUGCUGGUCGCUCACGACUUGGGCAUGCUCAAUGGGGACUACGCGUUUCUGACUGUCAAUCUACUUCCGUCUGCCGCUAUUGGAAAUAACACGUUCAUGGGAAACGACGGUAGAGACGCAGAAGCUGCGCUGGCGUUUAGAGGAAUCUUGAGUAUUUACGUUAGGGAACCAACCACAGAACUCUGGAGGUCAUUCAAGGAAGAUGUGAAAGACAAGAUGAAUGCUCCGCCAUUUCAGAUUCAGUUAGACGCCAGUGAACAGGUAAUAUAUCACCGUUCAACCACACCGAGCUGUACGUACAUCAAACACUAUCCUGUUCCCUCUAAUACGAGUUUUGGACAAUGGAACGACUAUGACUCUUCCUAUUGGACAGGGUUACAGGGUUGGCCAAAGCCUCUGUUUCAAAGCGAGACUAAGUGCAAUGCCAUUGGUAUGAAAAUGAAUUUUUAUUCUCGUGUAAAUAAGACUCAUUUUCACCCAGAAAGGUUUUAAAUCUGGCCUCGUUAUGAAAGUGAGAGUCUUAGAGCUUGGAAAUGUCCUCUUGGCUUUUUAAGAUUGCGCGGUUAGACUGGGUCGGUAUUCAGUCGAAAUGCAUUGUGGGACUUUUGGAUCCAGUUUCCUUUGUAAUCAAGUAAUAGCCAAAAAAAGAAGCGGUAGCGUUUUCAAAAUAUUCCCAUAAUACAAUUCGACACAGUAACGAGCUAGUCUCCUCAUGUUAAAUGGCCAAUGACUAUUGACGGAGACAGCUGAACAGAUGAACACGUGGUCAAAUUUCCCGCGCCAUUUUCCAUGUCUGCCGUUUUAAACGUGAAGAGGUUUUUUCUCUGUCGUUUUAUCAUUUGGGCUCGUACCCAAUAUAACACUGUUUCGUUUCCUUUUGCAAUUGAAAGAAUUUCAAGCAGCUGUAUGCUAACACUGUUAAAGCGAAAGCACAAGACGCGAUAAUUACUACAGAUGGCAAACAGCCGCAGCUAUUUGCCGCAGUGUUGCUUGACCACUCUACGGUUUGAUCAAUGAACUGAACUCUUCUAAUAAACUUUAUCAAUAUACAAUUCAUAAAAUAUAUUUCAGCUUGUUUUGAUGUUCAUGCGGACAAAUUAUUAUCAAAGUAACGUAUUCGCCGUGUUGUAAUUUUGAUUCCAAAACAUAGUUUUUGCAAUACUGUAUGUGCUUGUAUGGUGAUGCAAAUAAAGCUCGUUGUUGUUGUUGUUGCUCUCAAAAGGGUUUCCUGUUUCCAUUCCAGGUUGAGGUGUACGCUGGAGCUAUAUAUGAUGCAAUUUACCUGUAUGCCAUCGCGCUCAAUGAAACUCUGGCCGCUGGUGGAAGCAAAAAGGAUGGAAGAGCAAUAGUACAGAGAAUGCUUAACAAAGAAUUUGACGGUUUGUUUCAAUAUAACAUUUCACAAAGUCACGGAUUCAGGGUAGAAGAAUUCCCAUGAUUUCUGGGAUUUCUUGAUGGAUCAAUGGUAUGCAUUGGCAACCAUUAACAAAUCAUGACUCAUACUGGUUCCCCAAACUUUUCCAGACGUCUUAGCUGCAAAUGCUGGGGCUAAAUCUCUUGUAAGGUUCUGAAGGUUAUAUGUCUUAUAUCAAUUGGAUUACAGCUUUCUGGAGUAUUUUUAGUUUUAGUAAUUUAAUUGGUUAUUCAUUGCAUGAAGACUGACACUGAUACUGGAAAUCAUUAUAUAUACUUGUAAUCCUAUUGUCCGUUCAAGCAAGUCACUCUUGUUAGCGUGACAACACCUUCGCACCUGGCGUCCUCGUUCCCCUUCACCAGCGGUCGGGUUCGUCAAGCCAGCAUGCGCAGUAAGAGACGAAAACUCGAGGUACGAGAUUGGAGAUUGGCGUGACAAUCGCAGACCGAAAAAUUGUGAAAAUGGAUUGUAUGGAAAAAGACAGGCAGCCUGAGUACAUAGCGUGACAUCUGACGUUUAAAAAACAUUUAACAAUAUAUUGUUAUCUCAUAACGAAUAAUUUAAAAACAGUGGUUUCUGUUUUUCGAGGAAAUUUUCAUUAAGGUGAUAUUCCCAACAACACAUGUCAGGACUAAGAUUUUCCGUUGGUUACUAUUAUGUUAAAGGUGCUUCGGGCAGAGUGCGGAUUGACGAAUCAGGUGACCGGGACCCAGAUUACUCUCUUAAAUACUACCUGAAUGGAAGCUUUCAAAACAUUGCUGACUAUAAUCAUUCUACUGGUGGCUUUAAUCUGAGAGGUGAAUAA